AAUAAUUUGGUAUAAAAUUUGAAAAUGAGUGUGCCUUAUCAAUAAACAGGGAAUCAGUUAGAUUAUUAAGAAAUAAAAUAAACAAAGGCUGAUUUAAAGGCUGAAAUACAUUUUAUAGGAUAGAUUGUAGGUGGGCUUGAUUUUUAAACAGAUGAUGGAUUAUUUUGUGAAUUAGCAAUAGAUUGUGGAGAUGGAUGGGAUUUAUUAUAACCAGGAAAUAAUAAAGGUAUUCAAACUUAAACAAGUUAUGCAAAUGUAUAAAAAAAUAAAAAAUGAUAAUUAAUAGCCUGGAUAACUUUUCUCAUGGUGUCAUCCUUUUGAUUUACAUUUUUCAGUUUCAAAUAUAAUAGGAUGGCCUAAAGCAUUAUUAAAAGUUUGGAGAUUGGAUUCAUCAAAUAAAAUAGAUGCUUGUAGUUAUGGUACAUCAAUAUUUCCAAGAAGUGCUGGAUAUCAUUAAAUGACAUGGUAUUUAGAUAUAAAUACUAGUUAUAUAGUGAAACGUGGACACCUACUGGAGAGAAUUUAGAUCUUGAAAUAAGAAAACCAAAUGAAGAUUUAGCAACAAAUACAGAUUAAUUUUCUAAAUUUGAUAGAUCUUUAGAUUGGAGAUUUCAAGCAUUAUCAUUUUAUAUGGAAAAUCCACCACGUUUAACAACAUUAGCUCCAUUAACAACAGAUAAAGGAGAUUUUGCAAGAAGAAAAAUUUUGAAUAGCAUUUCAAAUGGAAAAGUAAUAAUAGAAGUUGAAGUAAUCUUAAAGAAUUUUAAAAGACUGAGUUUUUCAGGAUAAUGA